AUGUCAGCACAUGCUGUUCACUUGCUCUCCGUACUUGUUGUAGGGGGAUCAGAGGAAGGCCCCUCUAGUCGAGUUGUUGGGCAAAGUUUGGCGGCCCUGCAGGCUAUGAUCCCGAGGGAGCAACCGCUAACACCCGUUGACGAUCAGCAACAACCAGUACAACCACCGGAACAACCGCAGGAGCCAGCAGAUGAGAGACCGGAGGAACUUCCCCCUGAUGAACCGGGAGGACCUCUGGAAGGGGAGGAAGAGGCACCGUUAGAGCAGCCUCAAGAACAACUGCAGGAUCAGUCGCAAGAGCAGCCCCAAGAACAGCCGCCGGGGCAGCCACAAGAGCAGCCGAUCCUCCCAGGAGGAUUACCGUUACAGCCACGAGAUGAGGCUCCGGUACUCCCACCGCCGCCGCGGGGACAGCCAAUUCUCCCACGGCUUCCAGCGCCUAGGCUUCUGCCACCGCUAAGACCGAGAGGUCCACCUCCACAAGGCCCGCCAGCUCCGCGACCGCAGAGACCACAGCCGAGGCUGCAAGGUCCUCCAAUACCGAAACCCCAAGGGAUCCCGCAACCAAGGCCCCAGUAUCCUCCGAUGCAUCCGCCCCCACGUCUACCCGACUGGCAGCCAAGGCAAGAACUGGUACCUGUACAAUAUUACCCACUCCCAGCACCGGUUGCCCGGCCACAAGAGUUACCAAUGGGAUGGGAUGUGGUGCAACCUGCAGAUGGUGCUGGAAGCAAAACUGGUUUUCAAGCUGCACCAGUUGCUGAGAAACUUAACAAAGGACCAUCCCUUAACAAUGAGCUUCCACUGAGGAAACAGCAGCCAACGAUUCUGGCGUAUGACACUAACAAAGGAACGGUCAGCUAG